AUGAAGCUCUUCCUCUCCCUCUCCGCGGGCCUGCUCUCUGCGACCUUGGCCAGUGCUGCCGUCUCGACUGAUGGAUCGUGUGGUGGAACCAGCAAAUUCACAUGCCAGGGCAGCUCCUAUGGAAACUGUUGCUCCCAGUACGGCUGGUGUGGAACUUCGACGGCUCACUGCGGAACGGGCUGCAAUUCUGCCUUUGGAACCUGUACCGGCAGCACACCGACAACUUUGAAGUCAUCAACCCAGGUCGCGACAUCAACACGCACAAGCUCGACAAAACCAAGCGGCACGGCAUCUGCAUCCGCGAUACCGUCAGCAUCCGGCGGCGUUCUCCAGUGCCUCAACGGCAAGAAUGUGCCCUACAAGAUGACCUCGGACAGCGACUAUGCUGAGCUGAUUGAGCCCUACAACCUGGCUCGUGCGUUCAAGCCAUCCGUUGUUGUCCUUCCUCAGACCCAGCAGAACGUUCAGGAUGCCGUCGUUUGCGCUGCCCAGAACGGUAUCAAGGUCCAGGCCAAGUCUGGUGGCCACUCGUACGCAAGCUUCAGCUCCGGCGGCAAGGAUGGCUCGAUGAUGAUCAGCCUCCAGCCCUUCCAGAAGGUUGAACUCGACGCAAGUACCGGCAUCACCAAGGUCGGCGGAGGUGUUCGUCUCGGCAACCUUGCUGACGGCAUCUACACCCAAGGCCAGAAGGCACUCUCGCACGGAACCUGCCCUGGCGUCGGAAUUGGCGGACACUUCACCCACGGCGGUUACGGCCACACCUCGCGUCACUGGGGUCUUGCUAUGGAUUCCAUCGUCGCCGCCGAUGUAGUCCUGGCUGACGGCUCGCUCAUCAAGGCUUCCGCAACCGAGAACUCGGACGUUUUCUGGGGUAUCCGUGGUGCAGCUGACUCCCUCGGCAUAGUCACCAACUUCUACCUCCAGACCCAGGCCGCGCCUUCCAGCAUCACCUACUUUGCUUUUUCGUUCAGCACCAUGUACGACUCCAAGGCCACCUUCACCGACUCCUUCCUACACAUCCAGAACUUCGCAAAGAACGCUUCAGUCGUUGACAACAAGAUCUCGUUCGGAAUCUACAUCGACAACUACGGCACCUACAGCGUGAGCGGUGCUUACUUCGGUACUGUUGACGAGUUCAACGCAAAGAUUAAGUCUGAGUUCCUCCGCACUUUGCCCGCUCCAGCCUCUACCACCGUCAAGGCCUACAGCUGGUACGAUUACCUCGUCCUCGUUUCCGGCAAGACCGCCAUCAAGGAGCCUACAACCGGCUACGAUGAGCACGAGAACUUCUUCGCCAAGUCCAUCACCGUCCCCGAGUCGACCGGUCUUACCACCAGCGCCCUGAGCGCCUGGUACGACUACAUCAAGGGCACCUCCACCGAGUACUACACCAUUGUCAACCUCUACGGCGGCCCCGGUUCUGCAAUCAACUCCAAGGACACCGCAUUCUCCGCCUACAACGACCGCGACAGCCUGUGGGUCUUCCAGAACUACGGCUACACUACCGGAUCAACAAGCUUCAUCAACGGCCUCAACGACGCCAUCACAAAGGCUCAGCCCCAGACCACCUUCGGCGCCUACUUGAACUACGUCGACCCCAGCCUCGAUGCCGCGACCGCGCACAAGCUGUACUACGGCGACGCGCUGUACGCCAAGCUGCUGACGCUGAAGAAGAAGGUCGACCCCAACAGCGUGUUCUGGAACCCUCAGGCGAUCGGCGCUUAA